GGAUUAGGAGAGCCAGAGAGAGAUGCCGACCAACUGCGCCGCGGCAGGCUGUGCAGCGACCUAUAAUAAGCACAUCAACAUCAGCUUCCACAGGUUUCCCUUAGACCCCCAAAGAAGAAAGGAAUGGGUUCGUCUGGUUAGGCGCAAAAAUUUUGUGCCAGGGAAACACACUUUUCUUUGCUCAAAACACUUUGAAGCCUCCUGUUUUGAUUUAACGGGACAAACAAGACGACUUAAAAUGGAUGCCGUACCAACAAUUUUUGAUUUCUGUACUCAUCUAAAAUCAAUGAAAUCCAAGUCAAGAAACCUUCCAAAGAAAAACCCUUGCAUCCCAACAGGACCAUCCAAUUCAAAAUCCAGUGUUAGCUGUCAGCAAGUUCUGCUUGAACACAGUUAUGCCUUUAGAAACCCCACAGAAGCAAAAAAGAGGAUAUUUCAACUGGAGAAAAAGAUAGCGAGCUUAAGAAGAAAGAUGAAGAAUUGUUUGCAGAAAGAACGGAGAGAAACCCUGAGAUGGUUUAAAACCACAUGCUUGGUGAAAAGUUUAGAAGCAAGUAACAUUUUGUUCAGAGGCACAUCAGAACACAUCUUACCAAAUGCCUUAAACGAUCUUUCAUUACAAAACUUCAAAAUCCUUGUACUAGAUCAGCGAGAUCAAAUAUUACAAAUUUUCUAAAAUAAAGACAGCCCCAACCAUGGAGCCUACUUUUGAUAUUAGCCAAAACUGAAUUCUGUGCCUAGCCUUCACUAGAUUCAGAAGUAAAAGUUAUUUAUUGAAAUUAUAUUAAAAAUUAUGCCCUUAGCAUAGUUUUACUUGAAAUAGCAUAAUUCUUUAGGUAAAAGACUUUUACUUAUUUUCAUGGAAAUACAGUAAACUUUAUAUGAAAACUUCAUUUUACCAUAAGCACAAGUGCCUUACAACAAGGAAUAUUCACUCUAGGUGAAAAUUUUCCUACAUUAAGAAAUCUUAUGUUUACAAAUUAAUUUAUUGGAGAGUUGUUUGUUUUUUUUUUUUUUUUUGUUUUGUUUUUAAGAACCUGUUUUUGAAGGAAUGGUCUGUGGCAAGUAAUACUUUUAGGUCAUUUCACAGGCUUACUUUCUGUCAUAAAAGAAAUUUUCCUUGUUGAACUUUGUUGGAGGAGGGCUUUUAUAUCUAAAAAUGAUGCUGAAAUACAUAAAUUAAAUGUAACUUUGGAAAAAUGGUGUCAAUGACAUGGCAAUAUAUGGUGAAUUUAUUACAAUGCGUUUACCUUUUUUCUUGUCUGUAAAACAUGAUAUCUCGUGGAAAUACUAGACUUGCAGUGAUUUUUAUACUAACUUAAAUGUUAAGUAUUAUUUGGAUGUGAAGUGCCAUUAAGUCCAUCAGAUGAGAAGAGACCAAGCAUACCUCAAAUCUGCUCAAAUAGGUACUUUGGCACCUUGAGUCCCCAUCACACAUCCAUACACACAGACACAAGGUUGUAAAAUAGCAGCAUUGAGUCCAUUGCUUAUUUUUGCCCAGAUUACUAAAUAAGUAGAUAUCAGUGUUUUGUCAUAACAUGCUUUUUAGUUUUAUGCUUUCGUGAAUUUUUAAUGUGUAUUAGGAUAUCAAAGUUGUUUAUAAAGUAUUUAUUUUACUACUUACAUAAGUACUCAGUUUAGGGCAUAGCCUGAUGCAAAGAUGUACUUAGCUUUGUAAUGUCUUGUUAAUUAUAAUUGUUUUAAGGUUUAAUCAAUUUAUAGAUCAUUAAAUCAAUAUAUAAAUUAAAUCAGUAGUUCACAUGAGGAUUCGUUUCCUCUACUAUAAUUUUUUGUAGGGCUGUAUCAACACUAGCAUUACAUGUGGAAAAAUAGGAUUUUAAUGAUUCUUUUCUAAAAUAAACCUAUAUAGAGAAUACUCUUAAAAACUGGUUAAUUGAAUCAUUCAAAGGGUUUGCCAUAUUUCAUAAAUUAUAUUUAUUCAUGUUUUAUAUUUCAGAUAUAUGUGAACAAAAUGAAAAAGUUCAUUAACUAUUCAGUAUCUUAAUCUUCAUUCAAAUGUACAAUUGUGAAUAGUGAGGGUUUUUUUUUUUUAUGAUACUUGUUUACAUUCUAGGAACCAUAAAGAGCUCUAAUUUAAUUUUUCAUGAAAAUUAGUUCUCUAUGGUGGAAAAUAGUUAUCUGCUCACUCAGACAAAAUGUAUACUACUGGGAAGAAAAUUAUGUCCCCUCAGAAUUUGUUUGCCAAGUAUGAUACUUUUAUGUAGCAAUGCCCAAAAUUUAGGCAAAAUAUUAGCUCCUUGAGAGCAAGGGCUGCUGUUUUCCUUUCUGUAUGCACAAUAUCCUGCACAUAAGUGAGCACUUAAUAAAAAUCUAUUGACUUAAAUUUGUAGUACCUAACAUCAGUAUGUUUUUCAUUAUCUUCCAAGAAGGUAGAUGUGACAAAUGCAAAAGAAAUGCAUCUUACCAGGCACUUUUCAGAAAUACUUGUGGAAAAACUUGUAAAUACUGAAAAACUUUAAUCUUUUACAUAAAUAUUGUCCAGUGUUAACAUGUUAGGCAUAAUGUUUUGGUCAGGUGCCAUUUUAAUUUUUUUUUCAUCAGUUUGCCAUUAGCAAAAAUAAUUGUUUCCCAGCUUAAUAUUUCUAGCAAAAAUGAUCACAUAUCCAUCUAAACAUAAUGUGUAUCUUUAAAAAAUAUUUGCUCACAAUCACAGAAAAACCAAAGUUUCUGAUUCCAGGUAACUGCAGUGGCUAUAAAAUUGUUAGCAAUAUCUCUGGAGAAACAUAACACUAUAAUUACCGAGCAUUAAAACUUUUUGAAAAGAUAACCUAAUACUGUGCAUUAUGUUUGUUUGUUUUUCCCUCCACUUGGGAUUUGUCUCUAGAAUUUCCAUUUCUACAAUGCAACUCAGAUAUUGCAUGUUGCUAUGUAAUUGUUUUAUUAUCUCAAAAUCAAACAUUGGCUGCAUCACCACCUCAAAUCAGUUUCAUUAACAAGUCUUUGAUCAGAAAUAGUUCAAGUACUGUUCAGUUCUGCACACAUAUAUUGUAUCUAGGAUAUACUGUAACCUAUUUAACAUGUAUAGGACUGCUUGCCAUCUGAGGGAGGGGGUGGAGG